AUGGACGCCAUGCCGAUCACAACCGCCCGCAUCAACAAGUUUUCCGGAACAAACUUCCAUACGUGGAAGUUCGAGAUGCAGAUGGUGCUGGGGGAGCGAGACCUGUGGAAUGUCGUGAGUGGGGAGGUGAAGCUUGAGCGCUGCGUGUCUACAUUGGACCAAGUAAAGUUCAAAAAGAAGUCACGUAAGGCACUGGCGAUCAUCUGCCUCACAAUGGAGGACUCGCAGUUGCCACUGGUGCGCUUGGCGGAGAAUGCGUAUGAUGCAUGGUCGCGUCUGGAGGGACACUACGAGAAGAAGAGCUUGGCUAAUAAGCUCUUUCUUUGUCGCCGUUUCUUCACGACAAUGAUGGGAGAAGGUGAUGACGUGCUAGAGCACAUCAACAAGCUCAAGACCCUGGCGGAGCAACUUGACGCGAUUGGUGCUCCGACCAGAAGUGCAAGGAGCAAGGUGGCGGAGUCGAUGGAUCCGUGCAUGGGCAAGACCAAGCGUUCAUGUCAAGAGACAACAAGUGAAACUAACGACCAGGAAAGAAGACUGGUGCGUGCCACAAGUGUGGGAAACAAGGACAUUGGAUCGCGGAGUUCCCCUCGCGGAUCCAAGAAGACGCGGAACGACAUCAAUUCCAGCCACAUGACGAGCUCCAAGAAGUUCGUGAAGAACUACAAGGUCUUCAAUCCGGUCGAUGUGCACUUGGCAGACGAUGGUGUCGUUGAAGAGAUCGGAAAAGGCGACAUCAUGAUUUCAAUGAAGACGCCACGCGGUACCAAGAAAGGUGUGCUCAGGGCGUGUGGCAAAUCCCGAUGUUAUCGCGUAAUCUGUUCUCCGUGGACGAAAGGUGUCAAGUCGAAGCUCGGUGCUCGCGAAGGCAAAGGGAUUUUCAAACUCUGCAUGACGCCAGAAGCGUCUAACGAGGCAAACGUGUCAAGUUGA